AUGGAAGAGGUCUUUUGGAAGCAAAAGGCUAAAAAUUCUUGGCUGAAUGAAGGAGAUAGAAACACCAAGCAUUUCCAUGCGUUAGCUAGUGAGAGAGCAAGGAGGGCCAUGAUCACAUCAAUCAAGGACGAAAGCGGGAAGACGAUCUCUAACAGGGAUCAAAUCAAAGCAGUUGCGGUCCACUUCUUUGAACAACUUUUUCGGGCGGACUCUACCCGGCUGCAUAGUGAUUUCUUACAAGCUAUUCCUAGCAUCCUUACGGCCCAAGACAAUGAAGAUCUCUUAGCACUGCCAUCCAUCAAGGAAACCCAAGAGGCGGCUUUCGCCAUCCUGAAGGAAGGGGCCCUGGGCCCUGAUGGAUUCUCGUCUUCUUUCUUUAUUGAAUAUGGAUUCUCGUCUUCUUUCUCUAUUGAAUGUUGGAACAUAGUAGGGGAGGACAUCCAUAAGGCUGCAUGCUCAUUAUUUACUGGGGGACCACUGCCUAGAGCCUUCGUUGCUUCGCUCAUUUGCUGUAAAGUGCUCCCCAAGCUGAUCUCCAUGGAGCAAGGGGCAUUUGUGCAAGGUAGAUCUAUCACUGAAAAUAUCACUAUGACACUGGAGGGGAUGAGAAACAUUAACAGGAAAAUCAGAGGAAGAAACAUUAUCCUAAAGCUGGACCUAGAGAAAGCCUAUGACAAGGUGGACUGGAACGUGCUAAAGCAGGUUUUGCAAUUGGCUCAUUUUGGUUUCAGCGAAAGGUGGAUCUCGAUAAUGGAAGCGUGUUGGGGUAAUAGCUAG